UUAUGAUGCCAAUUGGGGAGUGCACAAUCAGUCUUCAAGAUGUUGGCAUUAUCACCGGAUUGCCAAUACAUGGUUCUGCAGUAACUGGAAUGUCACGAGCCGAAUGGCCAGAAGUUUGUGAGCUCUUGUUGGGAGCUAGACCACCUCCAGAAAUGAUUCGAGGACAUACAUUAAAAUUAUCAUGGCUAACUGAUGAGUUUGGAGCUAUUCCACAUGAAGCUGAUGAUUUAACAGUGUUAUGGCAUGCAAGAGCAUUCAUAUUACGACUCAUCGGUUCGAUAUUUCCCGACAAGACAAACUCACGUGUGAACUUGAUGUUCCUACCCCUAUUAGAAGACUUGAGGCAAGCUGCGACAUACAGUUGGGGUGGAGCUUGCUUAGCCUUCCUUUAUCGUGAGCUUUGUCGUGUUGCAGUUACUGAAGCAAAGGAGAUUUCAGGACCCCUGUUCAUAUUGCAAAUCUGGGCUUGGGAGAGAUUUAAAAUAAUCUCUCCAUCAAUAAGAGAUCCAUCGGCACCUCAUGAUGCACCCCUAGGUGCUAGGUGGAGUAGAGCUCGACAAAUCACUGAAGUUACAACCCAUGUACUACAACAAAUUCGAUACAAUCUUGAUCGAAUGCGACCUGAAGAUAUUACAUGGGAACCAUAUAAUGAGGAAUUGUUGGAUGAGCUGCCCGACAUGUGCAUACAGGGUCGUCCCAUAUGGAAGGCAGUGGUGCCAUUAAUUUGCUUCCAUAUUAUUGAAUGGCACCAGCCUGAUAGAGUGAUGAGGCAGUUUGGUUUGGCCCAACCUAUUCCACGACGACCGAUGCAAACAGAUGAGUUACAUGAGAUUACUCUCCGAUUUAGUGAGAGUAAUUGGGCGCACCACCAUGCGACGUACAUUAAUCGUUGGAAUAGGCGAGAACAUUACAUUGUUCAAGGGCAAGAAAUGGCACAACCACUCCACCAUCAUUCUGAAUAUAUGGAGUGGUAUCGUCGAGUUGCAAGACGUUGGAUCUCAAUAAGUGGAGCUGCCAUUGGUUGUGUGGAGGAUGCAAUUGAGGAUUGUUUGCUAAAAUUACAGAACCCAUCAACAGAAAAUGUGGCUGAAGUUAAACGUACAUUAAGAAAAAUGAUGAUUGCUCUAGAGGAAGAAAGUCGGCUUUGCCAAAUGCCACCUCCUCAAUCCGCACCUCAAGCAACAACCUUUAAUGAUGAAUUAGAAGAGGACCAACCCAUCAACUAGCCUGAGCCCUCAUAAA